UUCAAUCGCCUCCUAACUACUCCAAAAAAUGUCGGCAACCUACUCAAAUAGGUCCUUUUCGGUAUACAAUGUACCGCCACAACUUCUCGAAACCCUAGCUGUCCGGUCUAUCCAAGCACAAAACGGCGACCAGCAGCAGUCCGCUCUCCCUACGUCAGCGUCUACCUUGGCUGCAGCAGCGCCGCCUGCCGCCGGUACUGGUAUCAGUUGUCAGACAUGUCCUCAAGCAGACUUCGAUACUAUUGAAGAGCAGCGGGCGCAUUUCAAAAGCGAUUGGCAUCGAUAUAAUGUCAAGGUCAAACUGAAUGCAAGUGGCAAGGUUAUCAGUCUUGAGGAGUGGGACAACAUGGUUGAAGGUAUUUCAUCAAUAUCGGGAAGUGCUUCUUCUACCUCUGGAUCCGAGCAGAGCAAAGUGGCUCGUCUACUCAAGAAUCAAUCACUUGAUGAAUCAGACGACGGCUCUUCUGCUGCUGCCGAGCUGGCUGAUCGUCAACGUCGAGCCCAUCUUCGUACAGCCGUCAUUUGGUUCUCCCCUUGCGCCCCUGUUCCUGAACUAAACAUACCGAAAGACACCCAAUUCGGCGUUCACCGAGCUCUCUUUCCCCCUUAUGAAAAGGCUGGUGACUAUCUGGAGGAAUUGAGACGAAUGCAGCUGACGGGUGAUGAAGAAGAGGAUGGGGAGAGGAGGUUGACGUUUUUGAUGGUUGCAGGAGGACAUUUUGCAGGAAUGGUUGUUGGGAUAAGACCGAGGGGCAAAACGGAGAAGCAAGACGUCAAAGGAGCUGGGGACGUGAGGGUUCUGAAACACAAGACUUUCCAUCGUUAUACGACUCGUAAGAAGCAAGGUGGGUCUCAGGCAAUUAACGACAACAACAAGUCAAAAGCCAUCUCUGCCGGUGCCAUGCUCCGUAGAUACGGUGAACAAGCCCUUCAAGAAGAAAUUCGUGCGCUUCUUAUCGAUUGGGCCGAUGAUAUCCAUGCUUCAGAGCGUAUAUUCAUCCGUGCCAGUACGCAUGGAAAAAAGUCUUUUUGGGGCUACGAAAACGCUCCGCUCGAGAAGAAUGAUGAACGGAUAAGGACGUUCCCUUUCCCUACGAGAAGACCGACCUUACAAGAAUUGUUGAGGUGUUGGCAUGAGUUAACAAGGGUUAGGGUUUCUCAUUUGAGCGAGGAGGCAUUGAAACAGCAAGAUGAAGCGUACAUCGCUUCACUCCAGCCCAAGACGCAGACAAAGGCCAAGCCUGCCCCCGCGCCAGUCAAGGAAGUCAAGUCAAUAGCACCAAAGAUUUCGGCGGAGGAAGAGGCGAGAUUGGACAGAUGGAAGAGAUUGGACGAAAUGGUACGGAAAGGACGUAUUAAUGCGUUGAAACCUUUCUGGGAAAAGUACAGCGAAGAAUUUUUAUCCAACCCUGCUUCAGCAUCGUCUUCCCUUUCUCCCGAAGAAAAAUCACAGUACACACAACCUUAUCUUCUCUCCGCAGCGUCAUCGUCAUCUCAACCUGAAGUCUUGACAUACUUCCUUUCCGAACUUAAAUUUGACCCGACCCUGGCCGUCCCUGGUGACGCGUUAAAACGCCCAUAUGACCUCGCCGCAUCAAAAGUUAUGAGAGAUAUCUAUCGUAAGGUUGCUUACGACAAUCCAGACUUGUGGGACUGGAAAGCGGCGCGCGUGCCACCAGGAUUGAGCGAGGAAAUGGAGGCAGAGCAAAGGGAGAAGAAAGCCGGAAGGAGAAAGGGGUUGAAGGAAAAGCUCAAGGAGAGGGAGAAGUCUAGACAGGAAGCAGAGGUGAGGGAAGCGCAAGAAGAGGAGGAGAGACGGUUGAAGACGGAGAAGCAAGAGAGGGAGAAGCCAACGAGGUUGGGUGUGAGCGGUCCGCAGAAGUUGGGUGGUGGUUCUGCCGAAGGGCUGGCCGGGCUGAGUGCGGAGAUGAGGAUGCAGAUUGAAAGAGAACGGAGAGCUAGGGCUGCAGAGGCGCGGUUUGGCAGCAGAUAGGUUAUUUGUAUUUGCAUAGUGGCCUAGAUCUAUAUACAACAACACAAUGAUAAUUCCC